AUGAUCUUGCAGACUCCACAGUCACGAAAGACCAAGGAUGGAAGUCUGGACGAACUUCCGGAAAUCAAGUGCCGACAGAGUGCCAUAACGGGCUCUUCUCGUUGCAAGAAACAUGCAUUUGGUACUGGUGUCAAUGUGCCUUCCAUCCAGCUAGAAGAGUGGCUUAACGACAAUACCAUCAGUCUGUACGAGAAGACUCGGCUCAUGCGUCGUGCGAGCAAGCGACUUGGGAAUAAGUUCCAGCGUAAGGGGAUUUGCGGAGUAUGUGGCAUCGUGGAGCGCAUCUACAAGAAGUUCAACGACCAACAACUCAAAUCUCUCCCAAGCCUCGAGUCGCUGAGCGUGCCAGACGACUUCAUGCAGUGGCACCAAGAUCGAUGGUCAAGGAAACCGGAGGCGCAAGACAGAUGGAAGAACCUGUUCAGCGUGGACGGCAUGGAAAACCUGCAAUUAAAGUUCAUUGAGAAAUCUGGUGUAGUGGAUGGACGUCUUCAGAUGUGCGAACCAUGCUAUAAACACCUCACCAGAAUGAACAAAAGGCCGCCUAGGCUGAGCCUUGCCAACGGCACGUGGACUGGUCCCAUUCCAGAGGAGCUUCGUUGCUUGACAGAAGUCGAGCAGAUCGUGUUGGCCCCAGAGCGGGCUUUACAAAGCAUGUUCUGGCUGAAGCGUGUCAACGAUCAUCGAAGUAGUUGCCAGAAAGCGUCGAAGGGGCACUGGAUGUCAUUCGCUCAAGACAAUGACAGUCUUGCGAGGCGGGUAAGAACGCUGCCUAUCACCAACAAAGACUUGAGCUUGUCCAUUCAGGUCAACUUGGUUGAUCGGAAGGGCAAGCCAGAUACACUCCAGUACCAGCUGUCUGUGGAUGGGAAGAAGAUGUUCCGUGCGUUCCAGUGGCUCAAGGAGAACAACCCUCUUUACGAACACAUCGAAUGGGACGAAGAGAUUGCCGAACAAUAUGACGGAAGCAUUCCUGAGUGUAUCAUGAUUCCUGGGGGGUCUACUUCAUCAGGUACGUCGGAUGAGGAGCAGUCUGCGAGUUCGCCACUCGAGUCUACCGAUGAUGAUACGGAGAACACGUCCAUCGCGGCUGACGGAGAGUACCUUGAUGACGAAGCCGCCGCUUCUAUCAACGAAGUUGAGGGAGCUUACGAUGAUGACGGUAAGCAAUUCUCGGGAGAAUAUCUGGCCGAGUCGGAAGAGUACUACAAGAUUGACGAGGACCCACCGGACGUGACGGCCCCGGAAGCGACGAAUGAAGGUGGUACAGAACAUCACGCUUGUAUUACCACCAAGAGCACUGUGGUCAACCGGACUUUAGCAGGCUUGCCAACGGAGGAAAGUGUUGGCGAUGGAUUGCAGCAGAUGACUGGUGUGUAG